AUGCUGCGAAUGUACCCACGAAGGCAGAAGGCAGCGCUUUUUAAGAUUUUGAUCCAGCCGCUGUUGGCAGUGAAGAAGAAUGCCAAGACGGAGCUGGAUCAGUUGCCCUCGGGAAUGGCACCGGCCCGAGUCCGAGAACGAGAAGAGUGGAAGACAAUUAUGAGCACCGCAGUCGCUGCCGUGGAUUCCAUCAGAAAGUGGCUGAAAACGACGGUCCCCGACAACUGUGAGAUCACUCAGCGAUGGGUGGUUGUCAAGAGUGUGGAUACGCACUUUGGGAGCUACGCCGACCUGGAGCUUGAGGUGUGCAUCGACCUCUGCCCAGAACACAACGUCCCAAAUAUGGAGGUACUGAAGAGUGUGGUUGUCAUUCGCUCCGUCCUUGGUGAGCCUAUGGCGGCCAGGACAGAAAGUUUGGGCUCUUGA